AUCGUGAUAAGCUGCAGUCAAUAAACACUUGACUCUUACAGGAAAACGGCAUCUCAAGAAAUGAAACUGAAAGCCACAAGAAAAUUAAACAUUUCCACUGCACAAGAUGCAAUCUAUGGUCGAAAUUCAAAGCAAAUACCUGUGAGUGUAGAAAUUAUUCUCUAAAUACUCACUGCAAAUUGACUUUUCCAAAUCUCCAAAGAAAGUCAGGUCCCUGGCAUUCACUGAGAGUGUGCAGUACCAGGCACAGAUCCUUCUCAUUUCACAUGAAGCCUGCAAAGCAACUUCCUUUAUUUUAUUUUAUUUUUCAACAUCUGAAUAAUAGUUUAAAAGCAGAUUAAGUUUUUAUGUUAAAGACUUUACUGUAACUGUUACACUCAUGAGAACAGAGCAAAUGAAUAAAACAGCCGUCCUGGAAUUCAUCAUUCUAGGUUUCCAAAGUAUCCCGGCAGUACAGUUUAUCCUCUUCUUGAUGUUUCUAGUGAUCUACAUUACAACUGUGUUAGGGAACCUCCUGAUCAUGGUGCUGGUUGUGACUGAUCAUCACCUUCACAAUCCCAUGUUCUUUUUCCUGGGGAAUCUGUCAUUCUUGGAGACCUGUUACACUUCCACCAUCCUGCCCAGAAUGCUGGCGAAUUUCCUGACAAACAAGUACGUUAUUUCACUUCAGGGUUGCUUUUUGCAGUACUUUUUCUUCACUGGUCUAGCAGGUGCAGAAUGCUGUCUCCUGACUGUCAUGUCUUAUGACCGGUACAUCGCGAUAUGCAAACCAUUACAUUAUACAACGAUAAUGAAUAACCGGUGCUGCCUCCAGCUAGCAAGUGUCUCUUGGGCUAGUGGGCUGUUGGCUAGUGCCACAGCCACCUCUCUGGUGCCACAGCUAACGUUCUGUGGCCCAAAUGAGAUCGAUCAUUUCUUCUGUGACUUCACACCAGUGGUAAAGCUCUCCUGCAGCGAUAGCCAUUGUAUUGAGCUUGUAGAAUUCAUCUUGGCCUCCCUUUUGACACUACCCCUGUUUCUCUUGACACUCCUAUCUUAUGUGUACAUCAGCAACACUGUCCUCAGGAUCCCAUCCUCCGCAGGAAGGCAUAAGGCUUUUUCUACUUGUUCUUCCCACCUCACUGUGGUGACGCUUUUCUAUGGGACCUUGAUGGUUGUGUACUGUACCAAAGUCAAACAGGCUGAGAACCUCCACAAAGUGUUCUCUGUCUGCUACACGGUUCUGACUCCACUGGUCAAUCCCCUCAUCUACAGUUUAAGGAAUAACAACAUAAGGAAGGCUCUGAGGACAGCAGUGAACAAAUACAGCAUUUUUCAUAAGGCAUGAACAAGCUCUUGUCAAUGAUUAUGUGAAACUGAAAUAUCAGCCUUUAGAAAACUUCUCAUCUGAACCUAAAGUUGUCUUUUUUCUUGAAAAGGAGACAAAAGGAGUCAUGUAAGGAAGCGCACUGGCUGCUGGACUCUUGUGGCAGCUCCUUUUAUUGGACUAAUUAAUGUAUGCCAACAUCAUAGAGCCAUCAUCAUGAAAUCACGGAACGGUUUGGGCUGGAAGGGACCUUAAAGCCCUGCCUCAACUCCGUGCCCCAGUGUAAAUUGCAAACGGCUUAACUCACGAAUUUGUGCAAAACUGGUUGAAGAACAGGAAAAUCCCUCAGUGUUGUGAACAGAUUCUGCCUUUAAUGGUAAGCAACAAAGGGAUUGAUAUAAUUCAAGGAACCACGUCAUUUUAAUCUGAUGAGAAAAGCCAUGCUGAGAUGCUUGUGCAAGCCAAGACUUAGUGCUGGAUACUGUCCAAACCCCUAAAGAAAAUGUGUACAAGCAAUCAAAGCUGCUGUCUCAGAUGAUGUUAUCACAGACUUGAGCACAUUUCCAUGUCAUUCCUUCCUUCAACUCUCAUAAAGAUGCGCUUCUAAAUCAUUUUCUUUUCCUCGUAAUUUCACAGGGGAUCUUCCAAAGAAACACUGCAUUCUUGAUGGAAGCUUUCUCCAAAAAGUCAAAGUGGGAUAAAAAAGCAGAAAGAAUUCAUGAAGAAGGGUUAGCAGGGAAAAAAAAAAAAAAAAUCAAAUCAAAAAUAAAAUCCUGACAAAUGAACCCCAAACCAUCCCCCCAGGAGACAUGGACUGCUGGUACAGCCCCUCCCGGCUCACCCACAUCAACCUACUGCCCUCCUUGGUGUUGACACUGGUGCAAGCAAGCCCCUGAGGCCCCAGCCCUGCUCCAGCUGCUGGCACACAGACCCAUUUACACACAAAAACAAAUCCACAAACACAUAUGUGUGAUGUACAUGCCCAGAAACCAGCCUUAGAUACCCACGCAGUAGCUGCAUAGGCACCAUGCUGAGAUACCCUAUGCAGUAGCUGCCCCUUGGAUCCUCCCAUCUUCACUUGCCACAUGCACACAGCCACACACACAGAAAUGGCCCUCUCAGGUGAUGUCCAGACCUCAUGGGCUCUGCAGGGUUUGGCCUGGUCCUGCUUUUGAACCCUGGAAUAUGUCUGAUACCUGGACAAAUGUUACAGCCACUUCAAUACCUGCUUCACAAGUCGCUUACCCUUCCCAUGCAGG